CACGAACUUGACCUCCUCCUUUCCCAACAACGGCGCAUCGAUCAAGAAACCCUAGAAUUUCCGCAGCUUGCUAGAUUAUCCAUGGAAGAAUUGGAAAUGGAGGAUAGGAAUGAGGAGAGGGCGACCAGUGGUGUACAUGGGAGCUACGAGGCGGAGGCGGGGACGCCACGGUGGCGACGACACCAGGUGGAUAUCGAGGAAUCAGUCAAUGAAGUGACGAACAGGACGGUG